CUCCCUCCAUACCACCCCCCCCCCCCCCAUGCCUGGAUUCAAUGUGGAAUGCUAUAACUCUCUCUCUCUCUCUCUCUCUCUCUCUCUCUCUCUCUCUUUUGGGUUUUUCCCACUCUUCGUAUCAGACGUCCGGACAGCGGGUGAAUUUCGGGACGGCCCGACCGGUCAUGGCUCUGUCCUUCUCCUACUUCAGCCCGGGGCAGGGAGGGGGCAGCAGUUAACAACAGCCCCGUGUUGUAUCGACUUGAAAACCUGGACUGUUUGUGGAGUUUAGAGAUGGCCAACAGUAAAUCGAGCUUCAGGCGGACUACGUCGGCGGGUUAUCGCAUACCGGAUAGAUCGGCGGUCGCCCUGACAUCCCAUUCCUCCGCCUCGGUGUGCAGGCAGCAGCCGGGCAGGACGCGGAGCACCGGGGGCGGCCCAGCACCCGCGCCGGAUCCAGACACGAGAGACCCAGUCAAACAGGAUCAAGUGUGGAGGGAGUACAUUCAGACAGAGUGGGCAGGAGUCAAGCAGUGGCAAAAGAACUGGGGUUUCCUCACAAAUUAUGACCAGCUGGGGCGCCCUCGAACAGAGACCCCCCUCCCCAGCUAUGUACCCGUGUUUUCGGACAGCGUCCCCAACACUACCAGCCAGGCGCUGGGCAGCCGGAUGUGCACGGACCUGGGCCAGGCGCUGAUCCGAAUGGACAACCUGCUCCUGCUCAGCUCCGCGGGCCACCGCAAGACCAAACCCAGCCCGGAAAUGCAGCCCUGCUAGAGCCAGGCCACACCAGGCCACACCAGGCCAGGACCAUAGACUGUAUGCCCAGGGCCAGAGUGCAGUUCUCUCGAACGUCACUUGUGAACUGAACUCAGGAGCGUCUGAUGCUCCACCAGUCAAAUGAAGGUAUACACACUCGGAUACUCGCGUUUGAUUGGUCGAGUGUCACAUGCUCCCCGAAUGAAGUUCACAGGUAAAAGUUCUCCAGGGCAGAAGAUUUAGUGGACUGGGCCGUCUGCCCAGAACUCGCUAACACUCGUCUUUCAAUGUCUACCCCAGUCCUCUAGGGGGCGAUAGCAACCUAACACCAUUUUACCUCCGAAUUUAGAGUCUUCCUUUCAGGUUACAUGCGUCUUCUUCCUGGUUUGUUUGGUAAGUGACGUGAUAAGAUUUUAGUGAGAAAACAGAUGAUACGUGAAUGUAAUGGAUUUUAGACAGUGUGCUUUGAAAAUCAACAUGAAACAUGACUGUUCUUUUUAAAAUGUCUUUUUACAAUAAUCUGCCAAUAUUUCCUUUUAACUGCACUAUUUCAGUAGGUUGUUAAUAUUUCAGUUAUAUAACAGCUUUACAAAACUUUUUUUUUCAAUGUCUGACUUAGCCAUUGUCCAAAUGAAUAUAUCUUUGACUUGGACAAGAAGUGGAGGGUUCUCCACUUUCCAAGAGAGAAGGUCUGAAUCGUCCUCUUCCAUAGGUGCACAGAUAGGGGACUUCGUGCCAAAAGCUGUCCUACAAAGUUUGUCCCUCUGCUGCUUCCGUAGGCUGGUGUGUUUGCAGCUGUGAAUCAGCUAAGUUUCUUCCAUUAAUAAAGAUGCAAACUUUUGUAUAA